AUGCAGAACGACGCCGGAGAAACUGUUGAGCUUUACGUUCCCCGCAAAUGCUCUUCAUCCAACCGUAUUAUCGGACCCAAGGAUCACGCCGCUGUUCAAAUCGACAUUGUCAAAGUUGAUCCAGUCACUGGACGCAUGAUCGCUGGACAAGCCAACCGUUACGCCAUCUGCGGAGCUCUUCGUUACAUGGGAGAAGCUGAUGACGCACUUGUUAGACUGGCCCAAAGGGACGAUAUUAUCCCCAAGAACCUUUAA